AUGCAGAGUGUUUCCAGUAUAGUCGUUGGGACACAUGUUUGGGUUGAGGACCCUGACGUAGCUUGGUUAGAUGGGGAGGUUGUCGAAACGAAGGGCGAAGAGAUUACAAUCAAGUGUACAUCAGGGACUAAAGUUGUCGCUAAGGCAUCUAAUGUCUAUCCAAAAGAUACUGAGGCCCCUCCAUGUGGUGUGGAUGAUAUGACAAAGCUCUCUUAUCUGCAUGAACCAGGAGUUCUGUAUAACUUGAAAUGUAGAUAUAAUAGUGAUGAAAUUUAUACUUACACGGGAAACAUAUUGAUUGCUGUGAAUCCUUUCAAAAGAUUACCCGAAUUGUAUGCUAAACAUAUCAUGCAAAAGUAUAAAGGAGUUGCACUCGGGGAGUUGAGCCCUCAUCCUUUUGCUAUUGCUGAUUCUGCUUACAGGCAGAUGAUUAAUGAUGAGAUAAGCCAGUCAAUUUUGGUUAGCGGGGAAAGUGGAGCUGGUAAGACAGAAAGCACAAAAAUGCUUAUGAAUUAUCUUGCAUAUAUGGGAGGUAGAUCUGCAGAUGAGGGGCGGAGUGUGGAGCAGCAAGUCCUUGAGUCAAAUCCAGUUCUUGAAGCAUUUGGCAAUGCAAAAACAGUGAGAAACAACAAUUCGAGUCGUUUUGGUAAGUUUGUUGAGAUUCAGUUUGAUAAAAGGGGAAGAAUCUCAGGUGCUGCUAUCAGAACAUAUCUUCUGGAAAGAUCUCGUGUCUGCCAGGUGUCUGACCCUGAAAGAAAUUAUCAUUGCUUCUAUAUGCUUUGUGCUGCACCACCAGAGGAUGUUGAAAAGUACAAAUUGGGAAAUCCUAGGAAAUUUCAUUAUCUGAACCAGUCAAAUUUUUUUGAAUUGGAUGGAGUGGAUGAAUCUAAAGAAUACCUGGCCACCAGGAGAGCCAUGGAUGUAGUAGGGAUCAGUUCUGAUGAGCAGGAUGCAAUUUUUAGAGUUGUAGCUGCAAUACUUCACUUGGGAAACGUUGAGUUUGCAAAGGGAAAGGAGAUUGAUUCUGCACAACCAAAGGAUGAUCAAUCUCGCUUCCACCUUAAGACUGUAGCUGAACUUUUCAUGUGUGAUGGAAAGUUACUUGAGGACGCAUUGUGUAAACGCAUCAUUGUAACUCGUGAUGAGAAGAUAACAAAAUGUCUGGAUCCUCAAGCUGCUGCUACCAGUAGAGAUGCUUUGGCAAAAACUGUCUAUUCUAAACUGUUUGAUUGGCUUGUUGAAAAGAUUAACAAUUCUAUUGGCCAAGAUCCUGAUUCUCAGUUGUUGAUUGGGGUUCUGGACAUUUACGGAUUUGAGAGUUUCAAGACAAACAGUUUCGAGCAAUUCUGCAUUAAUCUGACUAAUGAAAAGUUGCAGCAACAUUUCAACCAGCAUGUCUUCAAAAUGGAACAAGAAGAGUAUACCAAAGAGGAAAUUGACUGGAGUUAUAUAGAGUUUGUUGAUAACCAAGAUAUUCUUGAUCUUAUAGAAAAGAAACCUGGUGGAAUUAUUGCUCUCCUGGAUGAGGCCUGCAUGUUCCCAAGGUCAACACAUGAGACUUUUUCUGAAAAGCUCUAUCAGACCUUCAGAGACAAUAAACGCUUCAUCAAGCCAAAGCUAUCACGAACUGACUUCACUAUUGUCCAUUAUGCUGGUGAGGUGACAUACCAAACUGAUUUAUUCUUGGACAAGAACAAAGAUUACGUAGUUGCAGAAUACCAAGAUCUCCUCAGUGCUUCAAGGUGCUCCUUUAUCUCAGGCUUGUUUGCACCACUGCAUGAAGAAUCUUCUAAAACAUCGAAGUUCUCCUCUAUUGGUACUAGAUUUAAGCAACAAUUGCAAUCAUUGCUUGAAACACUUAGUGCCACCGAGCCUCACUACAUUCGUUGUGUAAAGCCAAAUAAUCUUCUAAAGCCAGCCAUCUUUGAGAAUCAAAAUAUACUUCAACAGCUUCGAUGUGGGGGAGUUAUGGAGGCAAUUAGGAUUAGCUGUGCUGGAUUUCCCACUCGGAGAACAUUUGAUGAAUUCAUGAAACGUUUUAAUAUUCUUGCUCCUGAAAUUAAGAAGGGCAGCUGUGAUGACAUCACUGCUUCCAAGAAAAUUUUAGAGAAGGUUGGCCUCAAAGGUUAUCAGAUUGGCAAAACCAAAGUGUUUCUUAGAGCUGGUCAGAUGGCAGAAUUGGAUGCUCACCGUAAUGAGGUCCUUGGAAGAUCUGCAUGCACUGUACAGAGAAAAGUCCGUACCUAUUUUAAGCGCAAAAUGUUUCUUUUGUUACGAGAUUCAGCCACUGAAAUCCAAACUAUAUGCAGAGGUCAACUUGCACGCAACUUUUAUGAAUGGAAGAGGAGAGAUAGGGCAUCUUUGAUAAUUGGAAAAUGCACACGUAUGUUCCUUGCAAGGAAAGAUUACAAAUUGCUUUGCUCUUCAGCUGUUUCCAUCCAGACAGUACUGCGUAGGAUGGCUGCUAUUAAUGAGCUUAAUUAUAGAAGAGAUAAUAAAGCAGCUAUUGCUAUCGAGAGGCAUUGCCGUGGAUUCCGGGCCCGCCUUUAUUAUAGGAGGAUGAUGAAAGCAGCAAUUGCUACACAGUGUGCAUGGAGGAUGAAAAUUGCAAAAAGAGAACUGCGCAAACUUAAAAUGGCUGCAAAAGAAGCAGCUGCUAUGCAAGCUGCCCUGGAAAAGCAAGUUGAAGACCUCACUUCAGAAUUGGAGUUCCAGAAGCGCAUGAGGGCUGACAUGGAGGAAGCCAAAACUAAAGAAAAUGUGAAACUACAGUCUUCUUUGGAAGAAGUGCGAGUUCAGUAUCAAGAAACUCAAGAACUGCUCAUGAGGGGACAAGAGAAAGAAAAGGAGCUUGCUAACAUAGUAGAGGCCAAAACUGAAGAAAAUGUGAAACUACAGUCUGAUUUGGAAGAAACGCGACUUCAGUUUCAAGAGAAUAAAGAAUUGCUCAUGAGGGAACAAGAGAAAGCAAAGGAGCUUGCUGACAUAGUAGAGGCCAAAACUGAAGAAAAUGUGAAACUACAGUCUUCUUUGGAAGAAGUGCGAGUUCAGUAUCAAGAAACUCAAGAACUGCUCGUGAGGGAACAAGAGAAAGAAAAGGAGCUUGCUGAUAUGGUAGAGGCCAAAACUGAAGAAAAUGUGAAACUACAGUCUGAUUUGGAAGAAACGCGACUUCAGUUUCAAGAGAAUAAAGAUUUGCUCAUGAGGGAACAAGAGAAAGCAAAGGAGCUUGCUGACAUAGUAGAGGCCAAAACUGAAGAAAAUGUGAAACUACAGUCUGAUUUGGAAGAAACGCGACUUCAGUUUCAAGAGAAUAAAGAUUUGCUCAUGAGGGAACAAGAGAAAGCAAAGGAGCUUGCUGACAUAGUAGAGGCCAAAACUGAAGAAAAUGUGAAACUACAGUCUUCUUUGGAAGAAGUGCGAGUUCAGUAUCAAGAAACUCAAGAACUGCUCGUGAGGGAACAAGAGAAAGAAAAGGAGCUUGCUGACAUAGUAGAGGCCAAAACUGAAGAAAAUGUGAAACUACAGUCUUCUUUGGAAGAAGUGCGAGUUCAGUAUCAAGAAACUCAAGAACUGCUCGUGAGGGAACAAGAGAAAGAAAAGGAGCUUGCUGACAUGGUAGAGGCCAAAACUGAAGAAAAUGUGAAACUACAGUCUGAUUUGGAAGAAACGCGACUUCAGUUUCAAGAGACUAAAGAGUCACUCAUGAAAGAAUGUGAGGAAGCAAAAGAGAAAGCUGAAAAGGUGUCUGUUGUACACGAGGUCCAGGUCAUUGAUAAUGAAAUGGUCAACAAGCUUACAGCUGAAAAUGAGCAGCUCAAGGCUUCAGAAGAAGCCAAAACCCAGGAAAAUGCAAAACUACAAUCUUCUUUGGAAGAAAUGAAGCUUCAGCUCCAGGAGACUGAAGCUUUGCUUUUGACGGAACGUGAGACCACAAACCGGACUGCUGACCAAAUGCCUGUGGUACAAGAGGUCAAGGUUACUGAUCAAGAAAAGGUCAAUGAGCCUACUGCUCAAAACGAGUUGCUUAAGGAUGAAGCCAAAACCACGGAUGCAAAACUACAAUCUACUAUGGAAGCGUUUCAGCUUCAGCUCCAAAGCCUCCAAGAGGUCAAGGUUGAUCAUGAAAUUGUCAGUAAGCUUGCUGCUGAAAACCUUCAGUUUAAGGACUUAGUUAGCUCGCUGGAGAAAGAAAAAGAGGAUGCCAGAAAGCAAGCCAUUGAAGCUGAGUCAAAAGUGAUUGAGUUAAAGACUGAAAAUCAAAGGCUUAAGGAGAAAAUAUCUGAUAUAGAAACUGAAGAACAUAUUCUUCGACAACAAGCAUUGUUGAAUUCACAAUCUAGAAGAAUGUCUGGACGUUUUUCUGUAGCCACUCAGCCUUCAGAGAAUGGCCAUCAGGAUCCACAACAAGCAACGUCAAAACCAUUUGCCUCCUUAUCAUUGAGAAGAUCCCAAAUUGAGAGGCAACGAGAAAGUGUGGAUAUUCUUAUCAAAUACACCAACGAAGAUCUCGGAUUUAGCGAAGGAAAACCAGUUGCAGCAUUUACUAUAUACAAAUGCCUUUUUCACUGGAAAUCCUUUGAAGCAGAAAGAACUAAUGUAUUUGAUCGUCUUAUUCAGAUUAUUGGUUCUGCUAUAGAGGACGAGGCGAACAACAAUCAAAUGGCUUAUUGGCUGUCAAACACAUCUACAUUACUGUUUCUGCUUCAACAUACACUAAGAGCUACUACAGUUUCAACUCCACAUAAACCCCCCCAACCAACAUCUUUUUUUGGAAGGAUGUUCAGCAGGUCAUCUUUUUCUUCAAGCAGCCUCCCAGUUGGUGGACUUGAUGCAUUACGCCAGGUAGAAGCAAAGUAUCCUGCUUUGCUUUUCAAACAACAGCUCACUGCCUAUAUGGACAAGAUUUAUGGAAUCAUUAGAGAUAACUUCAAAAAGGAACUGUCAUCGGUACUUCCUUCAUGUAUCCAGGCUCCUACAGAAUCAGGCGGAGAAAAUCCAUGGAAAAGCAUUACUGAGAAUCUUAAUAGACUUCUCAAUACAAUGAAUGAAAAUUAUGUACCUGCAUUUCUUAUUCAGAAUAUGAUCGUCCAAAUUUUCUCUUAUCUCAAUGUACAAUUAUUUAACAGCAUCCUUCAACAAAAAGAAUGCUGUACUUUGAGAAAUGGGGAAUAUAUAAAAGCUGGGUUAGAUGAAUUAGAACUUUGGUGUGGAAAUGCACAGGAAGAGAUUGUAGGUUCCUGUUGGGAUGAAAUGAGACACAUAAAGGAGACUGCUGGGUUCUUGGUUAUGAAGGAUAAGACAAAAAUUACCUAUGAUGAUCUUAUAACUGACUUGUGCCCAAUUCUGGGUAGUCAACAGCUGUACAGAUUGUGUACACUAUGCUCAGGUGAAAAUGACAAUACUGGAAGUGUAUCUGAAGAUGUAAUUUCCAGCAUCAAGAUUCUAAUAUCAAAGGAGGAGUCAGAUGAUGCUGAGAACGCGUUCUUGUUGGAUGACAAUCCAAGUAUCCCCUUCUCAGUUGAGGAGCUUAGCCAUUCCCUUAGAGAUAUGAAUUUUACUGGUGUAAAACCUGCUGCAAAAGUCGUCGACCAGAAAGGCUUUGAAUUUUUACGUGAAUAAGACUGUGGUUUCCUCAGCUUGUCCCCCCAAGUUUCUUGCAGAUUAGGAUGAUUUUGAUGAAGAUUUGUUCUUCAGUAAAUGUCACUGUAUAAAUCCACACCUGAGCUUCUCAUUGCAGCCAGCUGCCCUUGUUAUAAAGUUGCUCCAAAUUCAUUAUAGAGUUUUAGGUUUAGUUAGAUGCAGGGAAGAGGCUGAAUGGUUGCCACUCAAUAUGUUCUGUUCUAUUUAUGUCCUUAGAUGAAGCCUGCCUGCCUGCCUUUAGCCAGAUUAAUUAUUUGUAAAGAAUUAAGUAGUUUUGGGAGGGGGAAGGGGAGCCAUACUUAGUACUUACUGCUCCCUCAAUUCUUUUUGUACAAAAGGAAACAACACUCAAUAAUUAAAGCCUCAAUAAAAUUUUUUCUUAUAUCA